AAACCCAACAACGUGACAGCCCGAAAUGGAUUUAAACUUUCAAAAUUUCGAUAAUGUGAACUCGACGAACGAGCAAUCUGGAGCAUUUGGUGGAAAUAUUGGCGAUCGCAAUAUUCUCGUCGGCGGAAGUGUUGGAGCAACAUCGUCAGCAGCUCCAUCUGGCGGAGUUUUCGAUGAUUCCCAAUCGACUACUUCCACCAGAAAGGGAAAUUUCUUCUCUUUUGAAUAUUAUCAACAGUUUUUCGAUGUCGAAACUGAUCAGGUUAUCAAACGUCUGCUCAACAGUGUCAUUCCAACCCAUCGUAACUAUAUUCAAGACUUUUUGCAACCAAUUCCCGACCUUUGGGGACCAUUUUGGGUGUCUGUAACUCUUGUUUUCGCUAUCGGAAUUUUUGGAAAUUUGGCACAAUUUAUCGAAAAUGACGGAGCCAAGGGGACGUAUGGAUCCGAUUUUCGAAUGGUAACCUCUGCAUCUACAUUAAUCUUCCUGUACGUCGUCAUUGUUCCACUUCUUCUCUACGGACUUUUAUGGAAUCGCCGUAGUGAGCUUCUUCAUCCAUACGUUGAUCUUGUCUGUCUCUAUGGAUACUCGUUGGCUAUUUUUAUUCCUGUUUCAGUUCUCUGGAUUGUUGACAUUGGAUGGUUCCGUUGGGCUCUGAUCUUCGCGUCGGUUGGACUUUCGGGAACUGUGCUCGCCAGAGCAAUUUGGCCAGCCGUACAGAAUGAUAACAACAAAAUGAUCGCAUUCGGUACCGUAAUCAGUGUCGUCGUGCUCCAUUUCCUGCUCGCCUUCACUUUUAAGGAGUUCUACUUUGACGCAAUGCACCCGGCGGCGGGCUCCAGAGCUCCGCUGAGCCCAGCAGCUCCAGCAGCACUUCUCAUCGACACAACUACAGUAAUCAUGAUUCAGAAUGCUACAGUACCGGCGCCAGAAGCACCGAAUCAGAAGGAGGCCGCUACGAACACGGAGACUACUACUGUAGUAGCGGUGAAAAGUGAUGAUAAGAAACGAGAGUCGGCGGAAGUGACAAAACCCGACGACGCAGAGCCAUCAGCACCCGAGAAUGCCACGUCAUCGCCAACUACCGUACCCCAAGUUAGAAAAGACGAAAAAAUCGACCAAAAACCGACCGAAACUACUGAAAAAAGCACCGAAAAGUUGCCGGCCGCUGAAAUUUCUGAAAAUUCGACUGAAGCCGCCGCCGCCGCAACGAAUUCCACUGAAAAAAAUCAAUAAAUUAUCGAUUUUUCUGCAAAAAAAAAAGUUUUUUUUCUCGUUUUUGCCCUGCUUUACCCCCAUUUUACCCACACUAAAAUCGCAUAAUUCCGGAAAAUUUUAUCUACGUCACCCAACCUGUUCCACUUGUAGUCACUUACUGUACCUUUUCUUGUGAUAUUAUGUGAUUUUUAUUGAUUUCUCCUGUGUGCAUAGAAAAUCGAUAAAUAAAGACCAUUCCGACG